GAUUGAGAUCUACUCUGUACAUACCAAUCAACUCUGAUGUUCCAAAAAUUUCAGAACUGUGUUCUAGAGUCUCUGAAGCUGACAAAACCUGUUUGUUGCUUACAGUUGUGAAUUUGAGUGGUAAAGGUGACUGUGAAUAUACAGAGACAAAAUUUAGUAAAUUUCCAAAAGGAUCCCCUCUAGCAGUGCAACAGAAAUUGUCACCACAUUAUGUACUGAAUAUUUUAGAUGCCAGUGAAUUUCCUCUUCUCCCUGCUGAAAAUCUAAUGAAACAACAACUUCAUAUCAUUCUGAAUGAGAGAAGAACUGGUAGCUUUUCUUCAAUUUUUGUGUCAGAGGAGGAAUGUCAUCAAACUGAGGAGAUGACACGACUACAAGGAGAGAGUCCGAAGUGGCACGCAAUCCGUAGGGAGAGAAUUACUGCUUCAGUGGCUGGUGAUAUCGUAAAGCGGAGAGCAGCCUUUGAACCUCUAACUGGAAGACUGAAGACAACAAGAAAAGUUGUUACAGAGAGCAUGCGUCAUGGGUUGUCAUUUGAGGCAGUUGCUGCUGACGCCUUUGUUAGACUACUAAAUAACAACGUCAACAUAUACCCAUGUGGAGUUGUAGUUAGCCCUUAUGCUCCAUGGCUUGCUGCUACACCUGAUCGGAAGGUAUACAACCCCACUAUGAAUCAACCUUACGGCUUGCUUGAGAUCAAGUGUCCUCUAAAGCCCUUGUAAGAUGCAACUACUUGACAAAAGUUGGAGAUGUGUGGAGACUGAAAAAAAAAUCAUAAUUACUUCUACCAAGUCAUGAUGCAACUUGCAGUGACUGGUCUAAACUGGUGUUACUUUUUUAUGUGGCUCUGUGAUGAAAAUCACUUGGACGUUAUUGAGUUUGAUGAGGAGGAGUGGCAAGGCAUGAAAAACAAGAUAGAUUCAUUCUAUUUUGAUCACUUUCUUGAAUAAAAGCUUUGUUUUUUUAAA